UGUGUGUGUGUGUGUGUGUGUGUGCGCGCGCGCGCACGCGCGCGUGUAUGUGCAUGCAUAUGAUAGGUGUAUACCCCCAUGCUGGCUCUUAGAAAUUAUUUUAUUAUAAAACCAAUUAAUUAGUGUGUGUGUGGGGGGGGUGAGCGUAAUGUGUGCCUGUGCCCGAGAGAUGUGAGUUCUCCCUUUCCACCUUUGCAUGGCUCCAGGAUUGAACUCAGGUGUCAAGCUUUUACAAGAGCCUUUAUCCCCUGAGCCAUCGUGCCCAAUCUUACCCCUUAGCAUUUAUUUUGUAAAAAAGAUAGAAGAUCCUUGGUGUGCCUCUGACGUUUCUAUUAUGAUGGUAUGAUUUGUUUAGCGCUGUUCAGUUACUUAUAGUCUACAGUUACUUACAGAGCCCCAGCCCCAGCCUCUCUCCUCUGGCCCCUUUUUAUUGUUAUUUCUUGUCAUUCUAUUUCCUCUUAUUUAAAUUGCUUCAUUCUCCAACCCCGAGUGGGAAAAGGUUGCUGGUUGUCUCACUCUCAAGCCCUGCGUGGAAAAAGGUUGCUGUUAGUCUGGAGAAUGGAGUAAGGGGUGGGUGGGGUAAUCCUGUGACUCACUCCUUUCCCCACCCACCUUGUGAUGAGGUGCUUGCAGCCUUAAAUGAGCAAAGUGACUACAUACGUGUGUGUGUGUGUGUGUGUGUACGUGCGUGUGCGUGUGCGUGUGCGUGUGUGUGUGUGUGUGUGUGUGUAUGUGCGUGUAUGUGCGUGCACACGCUCGGGGACGCCCGCCUCCAAACGUGCAGUGUAGUGAUUGCAGGCAUAUGCUCAGGCUGGCAAGCCCGCUUGUGUCAGCGCGGAUGUGUGUGUGUGCUCACGCGUGUGUGAAUGCUCGUUGCGAGCACCCGUGCGGAGCCUGCGUGCGCGCCCACGGCUUCCCCGCACUCCCUGGAGACCCGGGGCUGCCUGCUAGCGCCUCUUGCCUGUGCGCAGCGCGCGCCCUGCUGUUUCUAUAGGAACCAGCACAGCGCCGGGCCCCUCCGGCUGCAGCCCGCGCGCGAGCAUGCCCAGUGCAAGCCGCUAGUUUGGCUCGGGUCUAGGUUUCCAGUAAGUGGCAUGCGGGACUCCAGAGAGCUCCCAGGGAGCUGAGCUGAUCGCCUUUGUGUACAGAGGGAAGAGACGGUGGCGUGACCCCACCCGGGAAGCCCCGCGGCAGGAACAAUGCUAGCCUGCUUGACCCGCGGGAACUUACUGGACGUCCUGCAAGAGGGCUUCAAUGAGCAACAGCUACAGGCCUACGUGGCCUGGGUGAAUGCCCAGCUGAAGAAGAGGCCAUCCGUGAAGCCUGUGCAGGACCUGCGACAGGAUCUCCGAGAUGGGGUGAUCCUGGCCUAUCUCAUCGAGAUUGUUGGUCAGUUGGCCUUGGACUCUGAUGCUAGUGUAGACGAGAGAACUGACUUCUUUCUUCUCCAUUCGCCCUUCAAAGCAGCAGGAGAAAAGCUGACUGGAGUGCAGCUGAGUCCCAGUAACCAACAAGAGAUGAAGAGUAAUGUGGAGAGGGUCCUUCAGUUUGUGGCUUCCAAAAAGAUUCGGAUGCAUCAGACGUCAGCGAAAGAUAUUGUGGAAGGAAACCUGAAGUCCAUCAUGAGGCUGGUCCUUGCCUUGGCAGCUCAUUUUAAACCUGGCUCUAGCAGGACAGUGAGCCAGGGGCGAGACUCCAAAGCCCCCGUGCAGAGUCAUCAACCACACUGUGCCACCGCUGUGGCCCAAGGAGCCGCUGCUGCUCUGGCUGAUGUGUGCCAUGACGUGUCACGGUCAGGACGGGAUGUCUUCCGAUACAGACAGAGGAACGCCAGCGUGGAUGGAGAGAUUGAGAACCCAUACUGGAGUGUGCGGGCUCUUGUGCAGCAAUAUGAAGGUCAACAGAAGUCCCCAUCUGAGUCUAGCUGCUCCAGUCUGACUUCACCCAGUCCAAUCCACAGUGCUAAGAGCGAAUCCAUUAUAACCCAGGCAGAGGAAAAGGCCGAUUUCGUGAUCAUUCCCUCUGAAGGAAUAGAGAACAGAACAGAUGAGCCAGACUCUCCAUCAUCCCGAGACUGGAGACCUGGGAGCCGGGGAACCUACCUGGAAGCCACAUGGGAAGAACAGCUGUUGGAGCAACAAGAACACUUAGAAAAAGAAAUGGAGGAAGCAAAGAAAAUGAUUUCAGGACUCCAGGCUUUGCUACUCAAUGGCUCUCUGCCGGAGGAUGAACAGGAGCGACCCGUGGCUCUUUGUGAACCAGGAGUCAAUCCCGAGGAACAGCUGAUUAUAAUCCGAAGCCGCCUGGAUCAGAGUGUGGAGGAGAAUCAGGACCUUAAGAAAGAACUGCUGAAAUGCAAACAAGAAGCCAGAAACCUACAGGGGAUAAAGGAUGCCUUGCAGCAGAGGUUGACUCAGCAGGACACAUCUGUUCUUCAGCUCAAGCAAGAGCUGCUGAGGGCAAAUAUGGAUAAGGAUGAGCUGCACAACCAGAACGUGGAUCUGCAGAGGAAGCUAGAGGAGAGGAACCGGCUCUUAGGAGAAUAUAAAAAAGAGUUGGGGCAGAAGGACCGCCUCUUUCAGCAGCAGCAGGCCAAGUUGGAAGAGGCGCUUCGGAAACUCUCGGACGCCAGUUACCAGCAGGUGGAUCUAGAACGGGAGCUAGAGCAGAAAGAUGUCCUUCUGGCUCACUGCAUGAAAGGAGAGACAGAUGAGGUGACAAAUUACAACAGUCACAGUUCUCAGCGCAAUGGCUUUGUCCUUCCCGUGGCAGGAAGAGGCGCCACUACUGUCACCCACAGAGGGCCACAGACCAGUGACCUCCAGCUCGUCCGAGAUGCUCUCCGCAGCCUGCGCAACAGCUUCAGUGGCCAUGACCCUCAGCAUCACACCAUUGACAGCCUGGAGCAGGGAAUCUCUAGCCUCAUGGAGCGUCUGCAUGUCGUAGAGACACAGAAGAAACAAGAAAGGAAGGUUGGGGGGCGGUCACCCAGAAAUCAAGCAAGCAGUGAAUACCGGGCAUCCUGGCCCCCUAAUUCAACAAACUAGAGUCACGUUAGCUCUAGGAUUAUGAACACUCCUCAUGAUGUCACCACCAUCAGCCAUUUAGAGGAUGCUGCUGACGUGGACUGAAUUAUCUGGAAACUAUGCAAGAUCAAAACAUUCAUGCUGAAUAAGCCAUAAAGCAAUAAACAUAUAUCUAAGCAACUCUAGUCUCAUAUAGAACACACAAAAGUGUCUUUUUCCUAGGGGCUCAGAGUUCAAAUUCUUUGUGGAUUUUCUUUGAAAUGUUUGAGGGUCCAGGCCAUUCAUUUAAGGCCUGCUAAAUAUUUACACCACGUAGUGGCAUGGUCAGGAAAUAUGUUUGAACCAGGUCGGGUACACUCAUUUUCCUCAGGCUGGGUCACCUGAUUGGAAUGCUGCCCUGCCUGGCCAUUCUCACUGCAGUAGACAUUUUGAGUCUUGGUUCAGUAAUGUUCGAAUUUUCUCUCUCUCUCUCUUUUUUUUUUAACCCAGGCCCAAUUUUAAAAAAUCCAAACAAUUUAAAUGGAGAUCAAAUAGCUGACUAGAACCAUUAGUUCUGUGUGUAUAAUUUAGUUUUCCUUUCCCCCUUUUGAUGUAUGCACAAUUUUUCUUAAAUUUUUAUUUGUAUUUUAUGUGUGUGAGUUGUUUUGCCUGCAUAUACAAGUGUGCAUCACUUGGUUACUGGUGCCAGGGGAAGCCAGGACAGGGCACUAGUUCCCCCGGAACUGGAGUUAUAUUUGUGAGCCACCUUGUGGGUGCUGGGAAUUGAACCCAGGUCCUCUAGAAGAGGAGCAUUUCCGAAACCAUAUAAAUGCUGGGCACAGGAGUGCAUGCUGUCUGGCACAGGAGUGCACGCUGUCAUCCUGACACUUGGAGCUUGAAGCAAGAAGACUAGAGAUUUGAGACCAGCCAUAGUGACACUGCCUCAACAACAACAAAAUCCCAAAACAAAAUGAAAAGAAUCAAACCAACUGAACAAGCAAAAAUUCAGUCUGUUUCAAAGGACUCCUGGAAAAGAUUCCUCAGCUAAUUUUUGGAACCAAAAUAAUUGGUUUCUCUCCCAGCGGCAUCAUUAUCUCCAUUAAGGAAAUGCUAUAGUCAGAAAUUUGAGAACACAAUUUGCUUUACAAGAAUUUUUACAUUUCAUACUUGUGCAAGUGUUUUAAGGGUUUUACUCUGUGGUCUGUUUUUUAUUUAACUGUUUUGUUUUUAGAAACAGAGUCUCAUGCAAACCAGGCUAACUUCAAACUACAUAGCUGGGGGUGACCUUGAACUCCUGAUCCCUCUUCCAUCUCCUAUGUGCUAGGACUACUGGUGUGUGUGAAGGCCUAUGUAGAGCAGGCUAGCUUCAAACUCAAAGUAAUCUUCAUGAGUCUGCAGAUGCUGUGGUUAAAGACUUGCUUCUUUAGGGUUUUAAUUUGAUUUUAUCCCUUUUGGUAGUUGCUGAAGGUUAAUAUGAACUGCCAAUGUAAAACUUCUACAUUCUUAGAAAUUCUUUUUCAAAUAAUAAACUUCUUCCCUUUUAGACCAGUUAUUUGAUGCAUAUAUAUAUAUAUAUAUAUAUAUAUAUAUAUAUAUUUAUAUAUAUAUAUAUAUAUUACCAUUUAAACAAUUAGGCUUAGUUUACAGUUGCUUAUAGAUCUGAAUGUUAACCCAGAACAUCCAUGUAAAUGGGUUUUAAUAAGUUCUAUUCAUUAUUAAUAUGACCCGGCCAACACCCCCCCCAAUAAUUGAAGGAGUGCCCUAUGAAUUUUGUAUACCAGCUUUAACACAAUUAUUUGGUGAGUUACCCCUAAUCUGUUUUUCUAUAUGCUAGACUGUUAGUUCCCCAGCUGCACUCCCCAGCACUUGCUGUCUGAGUCUCGCCUGGGUUAUGUCUGCUCCAUCAGCCUGUCCUCAGGGUCCUCUUCUCCUGGCCAUCCAGCCUCAUGGCAGCCUCCUCCUCUCUCCUUCUUCUCUGUCCUUCUCUCCUCCUUCCUCUCUUCCUUCCUCUCUGUCAUCAUGGUCCCUACUUGUGACCUCCAGCCUGGUAACCGAAGCCCCACCUACCUGUAUUCUCCUCAGUAAUUGUCUGUUUCCACUUUUAUAUAGCCAUAGCUUUACAUUUGGGAGCAAAGUGUACAGCAAAGACUGGUGUACUGGAAUUCUGGGGGCAGCAUUUAGCAUUUGAAUACCUAGGAACCCCUGGACCAACCUCCAACACCUCCAGUGACACCCAUCCCCACAAACAGCCCAGCAUGUGCCUCACCUCAUUAAAUCCAAGAACCUGGGCAAGUACAGGAGCCCUUUAACUAGGACUUCUAAUCUCCUACAUCAGACUUCCUAACAGAUCUGUACGUACUCUCUUCUUUCUUUUAAGCCCUAACACUUGUCAUUAUUGUGUAUGUUUGUGUGUAGAAGCUUAAGGACGCCUGGCAAGAGUCAGUUCUCUCCUUCCACCCUGUGAGUUCUGGGAACCAGACUGAGCCUUGCAGCAAGCACCUUUCCUCCCAGCAUCUCCCCGGCCCCGUCUCUGCUUUCCCUCUUCCAUGGACCACCCCAUGGAGUUCAUUCUUACUUCUAUGCAGUCACUGCAUUAUUCUCACUCUUGGGCUGCAGGUGACAUUCUAGUCCAGCGGUUGCAUUUCAAGCCUUGCCUUCCGUUGUCAUCAAAUGCAUUAAACAUUCCUGAACAGUGUCUGUCAGUUCCGGGGCUGAGAAGCCAUGUCCCUGUGAUGGCCGUGGCCUGGAACCAGGUGCCUGGUGCCACUUUUCAUUGCAGUCUGCUGAGCUGGAGUCCUCAGUUGUCCUUACAUUCUCUGAAUGCUAAUUCUGAGUCCGUCCCACUCCACCACUACCCCCAUGUGCUCCAUGAUGCCAUUUGAGGCCUAGGCUGUCUCAGGCUCUUUCAGGAUCCUUCCAUUCCACGUGGCUUCAGGCAUUCUGGAUUACUUUUAGAUUAUUCUCAUCCCAGCCCUUUCCUGAGCGUCAAGGGUAUGUAUUUGAAUACCAGUGAGAUGGUCAAAGGCACUUGGAAUUCCUCAAACUGAAUGUAAGCUAACAGAACAGGGAAAUAGAGAAUAUAAAAUCAGAUGUGACUGAAGUAGUCUUGGGGUAGCCACUCCACAGUGAUGGUUACAGACAAGAACGUUAAUUAAUGGCGCUGAGUCUAAGUUUCUUUGUUGUCUAACGGAGUUAAUCUGAGCUUUAAAUGAGACUUCCCCUGAAAAUCACUGCAAAAUAUGGGGCAUACAACGUAUGUAAGGUGGGUCCAGAACUCCUGCCUUCAUUCUGCUCUGGCUUUGCCCCAGACAAAUUCCUUUCCCAUCAGUGACUCAUGAGGCGAAACAGUUAUUUCAGUGUUUUUAAGAUUUAUUUAUAUUUAGUGUGUGUGUGUGUGUGUGUGUGUGUGUGUGUGUGUGUGUGUGUGUGUAUGUGUGUGUGCAUAUUACAUAUGUGUGGGUGCCUGAAGAGGUCAGAAUAGGGCUUCAGAGCCCCUGUAGCUAGAGUUACAAAGGGUUGUGCUCCACCCGGGUGCUGGGAACUGAACUGGCAUAUGCUGUUAAGUGCUGAUGCCCCUUAUUUCAGAUUUAAAGUAACACAGUAACUGUGGGAUAAAACUGAAAGUUCAGUUAUAAACACAUAUAUGUACAGUCAUUUGAGUCAGGUCAAGUGGCUAUCCUGUAACAUGGGAUCCUUAACAAUUACCCUAUAUAUGUUUAAAAAGUCUCUACAACUUCUAGGAAAAAAAAAAAGAACUAUCCUUUAGGACUUGGUAAUGAGUUCCUAGAUACGGCAUCAAAAGCAUGUGCAGCCGAAACAAAAAUAGAAACAACCUGUUUCUGCAUAAAAGGACGCUCUCCGGAAAGUGAAAGGGCUGUGCAUGGGUGCGCCUUUAAUCCUAGCAUUCAGGAGGCUGGGACUACAUCACUGCAGGCUUGCCGUCAGCUUCAUUAUACACGGUGACUUCCAGGCCAGCUAGGGCUAUAUAGAAGCAUGUUUGUCAAAAAGGAAAGAGACAAUCUACAGAAUAAAGGAAGCAUUUGUGAGUCAUUUAUCUGGGCCUAGGAUCUAGAACAUACAAAGAAAUUUUAAAAUUCAACAGCAAAAGACAAAAAGAAUGAAAAAAAUGGACAAAGGCCUAAAGUAAACCUUUUCUAGAGACACAAGUAUGUAAAUACCCCAUAGAGACACGAGUAUGUAAAUACCCCAUAGAGACACGAGUAUGUAAAUACCCCAUAAGAUAUAUAAGUAUGUAAAUACCCCAUAAGAUAUAUAAGCCAUUAGAACUGCAGCUGAAAACCAUAGGAAAGGUCUAGAGAGAUAGCUCAGCAGCUGAGACACCUUCCUGCCCUUUCAAAGGGUUGAGUUCAGCCCCAGCACCCACACCAGGUAGCUCCUAAGCACCUGUAGCUCCAGCUCCAAGGGAUCCAGCGCCCUCUUCUGGCUUCUGAAGGCACCCACACUUACAUGCACACACCCCACACAAAUAUAGACAGAAGACACAUAAUUAAGAAUAAAAUAGGUCCUUAAAAAAAACCCCACUGUAUGGCCAGGUCCUGCAUUUAAUCACUAGCUCAAAAAAAAAAAAGAAAAAAAAAGAAAAGAAAAGAAAAGAAAACCCCACAGUGACACACCACUUCAUUUCUUCUAGAUGGUUCCAAGAAAAUGGAAAGUUAACAAGUGUUGACAAAAGACACGGAGAGCCUGGAACUCUUCUGCAUUGUUAUGAGGUUAUAUAGUGGGCAAAACAAUCAUCAAGGGAUAAACACAGAAUGACCACAGGAAGUAAUAGGUAUAUCCCCCCCAAAGAACUAACACGGGUAUCUGCCAACUGAUAGGCACAUGUGAUAGAUGCAAACAGUGGAGUAUUAUUCAGCCUCAGAAAGGAAUAAAGAAUAAAGAAAGUACUGAUACACAUUUGAAAGCGAAUGAAGUCUGAAAACACAUUAUGCUAAGUACAAGAUUCCAGACCCAAAGGCUAGUUCACUUGGCAAAGGGCCUGCCCCACAAGUGUGAGGAGAGGUAGCAGGCCUUAGAACCAACGGCCCAGCCUCAGCUAGGUUGCUGUUGCCACUCCUGUGCUGGCAGAAGACACAGUACACCAUAGCCAAAGAUGUCCUCUCUGUCUGUAUGUCUCUGUCUAUGUCUCUCUCAUUCUCUCUCUCCCCCUGUCUCUGAGACAGUCGUACUUGUUCCUGCCCUAGCCUCUUGAGUACUGGGAUUAUCUAUUGCCUUAACACUUGAUAUCUGACACUCACAAAAAAAUUAUGAGGGCCAGCUGGACGCAUGAUGGCACACACCUUUAGUCCCAGAAGGCAGGAGACAGAGACAGAGACAGACAAAUCUCUUAAGUUCAGGGCCAGCCUGGACUACAGAGCAAGUUCCAGGACAGCCAGUGCUACACAGUGAGGCCUUGCUCUGAAAAAAACAAACAAAACAAAAACAAAUUAUUAGGCCUACAUGGUAGGAAAGAACUAACUUCUUGCAAGGCAAAAGACACCGUCAAUAAGACAAAAAGGCCACCAACAGAUUGGGAAAGGAUCUUUACCUAUCCUAAAUCAGAUAGGGGACUAUAUCCAAUAUAUAUAAAGAACUCAAGAAGGUGGACUCCAGAAAAUCAAAUAACUCCAUUAAAAAAUGGGGCUCAGAGCUAAACAAAUAAUUCUCACCUGAGGAAUACUGAAUGACUGAGAAGCACCUGAAAAAAUGUUCAGCAUCCUUAAUCAUCAGGGAAAUGCAAAUCAAAACAACCCUGAGAGUCCACCUCAAAAAAAAAAAAGAACUAAUUUCUUCAAGUUGAUCCAUGACCUCAACAUGUUUGUGCAUACUAGUCCCAUCCCACCCCUAUGCAAAAAAAAAAAAAAAAAAAAAAA